AUGACCAAAGGGAAAGCCAUUACUGAACAACCCACUGCAGUGAUCGUGAGCACAAGUCUUGGUCCGAAUUCGCAGCAUUUCCUAUGUAGUAUUUGCUUAAACAAAGUGGUUACCACAGUGCAUUAUGUGAAUGGCCCGUGCACUUGGCUUGCCUGCACCGGAAUCGCUCUCAUCGGCGGAUUCCUCGGUUGCUGCCUGAUUCCCUUCUUCGUCAACACAUGCAAGGAUGCAAAACAUAUGUGCCCGACCUCCAGUGAUCUGCCCGCAUCCUCUCAGCAGCCUCAGCCCCACUUGCGUUCCACUUUCCGACAACUACCCCCAAGCCCUUUAACUGACCAGUUAGUUAAAUGGCGAGAUGCAUGGAACUUUUGUGGUACUACCGAAGCGCCUGAACUUUUCGGCCCUCAGCCCAAGCAUUCGUGCAAACUGAUCCCUCGCCAUCGAAUCUGA